ACAAAUUAAACCUCCAUUGCUCGCCACGUUCGCAUUUAAAACAAGCCUCCAAAUUCUUUGAAUCAGUUUACGUCAACACCCGCUUACGAAAAACAUCGACGCUACGCCAGCUGGGACGGAAAAAAAUCCAGUCUUUUGAUUAAUGAUUGUCGGUGACCAUUGCAAGAGUUAUGAUGUUUCGAUGAUUAAAGACGAUGGGAUUUCUAGAGAGUUUGUUGGAAUGGAUAGGAUUUGGGUUUGGGAUUCCAAUAGGAAUCGUUGUCGGAUUCUUGGUGUUUAUAUACUUUGACCCCACAGAUGUAUCCAAGGAGGUUGUGAUUAACUCGGUUAAUGAAUUUGACUCGAGCUCCAUAGUUGAUAUCAUGCCUAAUCUUCCACUAUGGGUGAUGAAUCCAGACUAUGAGAGAGUUGAUUGGUUAAACAGAGUAAUCCUUGAUGCAUGGCCAUAUAUUGAUAAGGCAGCGUGUGGGAUUAUAAAGACCACAGCGGAAGCUAUCUUUGCAGAGUAUAUUGGCCAAUAUCAGAUCAAAUCGAUAGAUUUUGAACGCCUUACUCUUGGAAGCCUUCCUCCCAAGAUUCAUGGUCUGAAGCCCCAAGAGUCUAAUGAGAAUGAACUAGUUCUUGAUCUUGCACUGAGAUGGGCUGGGGAUGCUGACAUUGCUCUGGAAGUAAAAUUGUCAUCUCUACGACUAGCUAUCCAGGUUGUAGACAUUCAAAUAUCAUCAGCAACAAGGAUCGUUUUGAGACCUUUUGUACCGUCAUUCCCAUGUUUUUCAAGCAUUGCCGUUUCCCUGAUGGAGAAGCCAAUGGUAGACUUUGGGCUUCGAAUUAUGGGAUGUGAUAUUAUGUCAGUACCCGGUGUGUACCAUAUUUUACAGGACAUUGUGGCGAGGCAAGUCGCUAAGCUUUAUCUCUGGCCCCAAACGUUAGAGAUAGACAUCCUUGAUAGUUCAUUAGGGGCUACGAAGAAGCCUGUUGGAAUACUACAUGUCAAGGUUGUAAGAGCACACAAUCUCUUAAACAUGGAUUUCCUGAGCACAUCUGAUCCCUAUGUUAAACUGAGCCUCACAGGGGAAAGACUCCCUUCAAAGAAGACGACGGUCAAGAAGAAUAAUCUUAAUCCCGAAUGGAACGAGACCUUCAAGCUGACCGUGAAGGACCCUAUGUCCCAAGUUCUACAGCUGAAACUCUAUGAUUGGGAAAAGGUUGGUGCUCAUGACUAUCUAGGAAUGCAGGUAGUUCCACUGAAUACGCUCGUUCCAUACGAGAAACAAGACAUCACGCUUGAUUUGCAGAAUAGCAUGGACCCGAACGACCCUCAUAAUAAGAAGCCACACGGCCAGAUCACAUUCGAGACGACCUUUGUUCCUUUUCUCGAAGACAGCAAGAAAUUUAGUUCAUCAUCUGGUUCUUCAGGAGAUGGAAGUUCAAGAAACGGCCAUGAAAGCAUGUCGUUGAGUGGGACGGGGCUGCUCCUUGUUAGAGUUGUGGAGGCUAAGGAUGUUGAAGGGAAGACCAGCCCGAGCAGCCCUUAUGCCACAGUCCUGUUUAGAGGCGACAAACGGCGAACUAAGACUGUGAAGAAAACUCGAAACCCUUAUUGGAACGAAGAAUUCCAGUUCGUGCUAGAUGAGGCUCCCGUGAAGGAUUUCAUCAAGAUCGAGGUUAUGAGCAAGAGACGGCGCAUGGGAGUCAUGUGUAAGGACUCGUUGGGGUACGUAGAGAUUCACUUGGCCGAUGUGGUCGACAACGAGCAUAUCAACGAGAAGUAUCAUCUGAUCGACUCGAGAGAUGGAAUUAUACAUUUGGACAUAAGGUGGAAAGUUGUAUAACUGUUUCUUGUUUCCAUCUGCAGAUUUUUGUUUUCUUUGAAUGCAUAGAUGUAUAUGUGAUCACAAAGAAAUUUAAACACAAACAAAUGGCGGGAAAUAUAAAAUAGAUAUUUAUAUA